AUGGCCACCGUGCAUGCAGCUCCCAACUUCGAUGCGCAUAAAGAUGCCGAGACUUUGUACAAUGCUAUGAAGGGAUUAGGAACUGAUGAAGAUGCCAUUAUCGACGUCUUAUCACAUCGCUCGCUUGAACAAAGACAAGUCAUCGAAAAGACGUUCAAGGCUGUGUAUGGAAUGGAUCUCAAAAACACCCUUCACAAGGAACUUAGUGGCUACUUCCGUUUGGCCGUCCUCUACUCAUUCUACGAUAAGGCACACGUCAAUGCCAGUGCGCUUUAUCGGGCCAUGAAGGGACUCGGCACCGAUGAGACCAUCUUGAUUGAUGUGAUCUGCUCAAGUAGUAAUGAGGAAAUUCACGAACUGAAGGAGGCCUAUAAUGAUAUCUCUAGAAGAUCGUUGGAACAGGAUGUUAUUCACGAUGUCAGCGGUGAUUUUGAGCGCGUGCUGGUUGCACUGCUACAAGGAAAACGCAGGAGCAAAUUCACCAAGGACGACGUUGUGAAGGACUGCGAAUCUCUCUACCAAGCAGGAGAGGCCAAAUUUGGCACCGAUGAGGCAAUCUUUACCAAAGUUUUUGUAAACUGCCCAUGGGAAGAAAUCAUCGGUAUUGCAACGCUCUAUCUUGAAGCUGUCGGAAACGACCUCUUCACCACAGUUGAGAAAGAAACCUCAGGAGACUAUCGAGAUGCUCUUCUCGCCUUAUUGAAGACUGCAUUGAACAGGAAAAGAUAUUAUGCGGAAGUGCUUUACCAAUCCAUGAAGGGAGUCGGCACACAUGACGAGAAUCUUGUACGCAUGAUCAUGGCGCACUGCAAUACCGAUUUAGCCGAAAUUAAGCAGGAGUUUCUCGAAAUGUAUGAUACAAGUCUUGAAGAUAUGGUUAAAGGCGACACCUCUGGUGACCAAAGGAAGUUCCUUUUGGCAAUGAUGGGCGUUCAUGAGGAUAAAUAA